UACCAAGUCAAAUGGAACAAAAAACAUCAAUAUUUCCUACACACGCGCCGCCGUCAGCGCGUGAACAAAUGUCCCAAUAAACAAAUAGCCUUCUGAUUUUCCAGUGUUUUCUCGCUGGAUCCCACGUCUUCCUCGUUAGCUCUGACUGUGAAAAUGUCACCGCCAGAACACUCAAAACGGUAGAACACCAUUCUUUACCAAAAAAAGAAAAAGAAAGUUUAGCUAAGUAUUUGGCAAUUAGGAAAAAGAUCAAAUUUUUAUGUUGAUUAUGGUGUGUUUCUUGAAUUUCUGUCAAAUGGGUAGCUAGAAAAACAAGUUUUAUGAUCUGGGGUUGUCUCAUUUUUUGUUUUUCUUGUUGAAAAUCUGAUCUGGGUUCUUGAGCUGCAGCUGUUGGGUUUCCAAGAUUGUUUUUUUUUUGUUUGGUUUGAGGAGUUUUCAAGAAUGUGGAGGGAUCCUGGAGCUCCUACUGAUUCUUUCUACCAGGUUCGCCCUGAAUGUACAAAUGUUCCAAAAACAAGAUUUAGAAUCAAGGCUGGGAAAACCUUAAGUGCAAGGAAAUGGCGUGCUGCAUUUACAUCAGAAGGUUAUCUUGAUAUUGGCAAAACACUGAGUCGAAUUUAUCGUGGGGGGAUUCAUCCAUCAAUUAGAGGUGAAGUUUGGGAAUUUUUAUUGGGUUGUUAUGAUCCAAAGAGCACAUUUGAAGAACGAGAGCACAUACGACAACGGAGGAGGGUCCAGUAUGCUGUACUGAAAGAAGAAUGUCAUGCAAUGUUUCCCAUGAUUGGAAGUGGUAGUUUUAUUACUGCACCUGUAAUUACUGAAAAUGGUGACCCUAUAGUAGAUCCUAUUACUCUCCAAGAGGCACAAGCAGCAAAAGAAUUAUAUUCAGGUGGUCAACGAAACGGUAAUCCUGGAUGUGAAAUGGUAAAGGAGCAUGACAAAAGAAUAAUCCAGUGGAAACUCUCAUUACACCAGAUAGGACUUGAUGUUGUUCGGACUGACAGGACACUUGUCUUUUAUGAGAAACAGGAGAAUCUAUCCAAGCUUUGGGAUAUUCUGUCUGUUUAUGCUUGGUUUGACAAAGAUAUCAAUUACUGUCAAGGAAUGAGCGAUCUCUGUUCUCCCAUGAUUAUUCUUCUUGAUGAUGAAGCCGAUGCAUUUUGGUGCUUUGAACGCCUAAUGAGGAGACUGAGAGGGAAUUUCAGAUGCACCGAGAGGUCUGUCGGAGUAGAAGCUCAGCUGAGUAAUCUAGCUUCAGUAACACAAGUUAUUGAUCCUAAACUUCAUCACCACUUAGAGACAUUAGGUGGAGGUGAUUACCUGUUUGCUAUCCGUAUGCUCAUGGUUUUGUUCCGUCGAGAAUUCUCUUUUGCUGAUUCAUUAUAUCUUUGGGAGAUGAUGUGGGCGUUGGAAUACGAUCCCGACUUGUUUCUUAUGUAUGAAGACCCUGACUUAGCUGCUGCAAAAUCUGAAGGAUCUAAAGGAAGAGCAAAAUCAACACGCCAGUGUGGGAAAUUUGAGAGAGAAAAUCUGAAAAAUCGAAGCAAAGGUACUGAAGCUCCCCUCCCAAUUUCCGUUUUCCUAGUAGCCAGUGUCCUUAAGGACAAGAGCACAAAGUUGCUUACAGAAGCUAAAGGACUAGACGACGUUGUUCAGAUACUGAAUGACAUGACUGGAAACCUGGACGCGAAGAAGGCUUGCACUAGUGCAAUGAAACUUCACAAGAAAUAUCUCAAAAAGGCAGCCAAUGCCAACAGGUAACAAAACACAAAAGCCAAAGAAAGCGCGCUACGCAAUUCAUAAGCCAUGAAGGUAAUGUAAAAUGAAGCUUGUGAUGGUACUUCCCCUGUUCAACGUUGCAAGAGUACUGCUACACGGUAAUAAUCCUAUCGCGAUUUUCAAUAUUUAAUUCAGUUUUUUUUGGUUAUGUUGAGGAAGAGUUACUGUUUUCGAAUACAUUACUAUGGCUUGAUUUACUGAAGCCAAUGUAAAUUUCCAUUUUCAAUCCCCCAGCUCCAAUUUGGGAGUCUUUUUGUAUACCAAGACACAACACAUUUUUUUUUCUAGUUUUAAAUAAAAAACUAAUAUUUUUCAUAUUUGGAAAACAUUUCCUUAGUACCAAACACACCUUUAAGAACGACCAUUUAUUCAAACAUAUACGCAAUAAGAGGAGUUACUCAGAUGGUAAACAAGUUUUACACGCGAUGGUGUGUUUACUUACAUACGUACUGAUUAGAAGUAGCAUUCAGUGGGCUCGAUGUUGCAGGCGCGGGGGAGGGACCGAGCUCUCUGUGACAUGAGCUCGGGCUCCCGCGUCACCAUCGUUUUAAGUGCCAAGCAGCGGCAGUGAGUGUCAAUGUUCCUCAAUUCUUGGCAGCAUUGUUGGAGAUGUUCCUGUUGAUUGCGUAUCUCAUCGUCGUCUUCCGUCACCAUGCUUAGCUCGUUUCUUGAAAGGAGCAUCCUGCAAUAUUCAGUGACUGGUUGAGCCUAUGCGUGUGGAUCUGCUCUUGGCAGCUCCGUGAUCCUUGGUUUUCGAUAUCGUCCUCCGUCACGGAGUCCGUGACGGUGAACAUGUUGGCAGUUGUAACUGCCAACCAGAAGAACAAAAGAAGAGCAGCAAGUGAAAUUUUCCCCAUGGCAAAAGAGUGAGUGAUGUGUUUAUUUAUUUAUUUGUGAAUUGUGAUCGAUGAAUUAUUAGUCAAUUUUAUGUGGGUAUAAAUAGCAGAUUUGGAUGGUUUGCAUGA